GCAAAUUAGCUUUCAGCCGACUGUGACAAGGGGAGGAUUGUUUUCUCGUAGGCCCAGGUUCCUACACCUGGAGCAAAAAUGUUGUGGAUUCAGUUCCUGAUACCUCUUUUCCUCAUAGAUCCAUGUAAUACAUUACAAUUUGCAACAAACAUGACUUUUGCAAGAAUACCAGAAGAUACACCUGUGGGAUCUACAGUAUUUUAUAUAGUGACUAUAGAUCCAGAAAUUAAUCUAUUAUAUGGUAUAGAAGGCCCACAUAGUUACUACUUUAAUGUGGACAGGACGACUGGGAAAGUGGAACUUGCUAUUUCUUUGGACUAUGAGAGUAGAACGCAACAUAAUAUUAUUCUCUCAGUUGAAGACAGCAGUAACAUACCAACUCGAAGUCCUAUGACAAUCAUCGUGGAAGAUUGCAAUGAUAACGCACCAGUAUUUCUCAAAAUUCCCUACGCUGACAUUGUUUUUGAGAAUACAACGAGUGGAUCCAUAAUCUUCACUGUUAGCGCUGUGGACUACGAUAAUGCUGGGCUUAUUUCUCCAACAUAUGAAAUCGUAUCGGUUAUGCCUAACAAUGAAAAUUCCAGGUAUCUUUUUAUCAUCCAAGGAAAUGGAGACAUUGUACUCAAUGGCACCUUGAACUACAACACAUUGAGCAGUUUCUACCAGCUUUUGGUCAAAGCUACGGACAGUGGAGGAACGCUGCAUGGUGAAUUCAUUUAUCAAAACAGUACCACCUUUGUAUCUCUGACCAUUGAGGAUGUAGCUGAUAUAGAUCCACAAUUUCUAAAUGCACCUUAUACAAUUUCAGUCCUGGAGAAUACAGAGCUGAAUACUGAAGUUUUGAUAGUUUCUGCAGUUGAUGGAGACAAAGGAAUCAAUGAUGAUAUUCAGUAUUUUAUAUCUAAUGCUUCAUAUCCUAACCUGUUCAGCCUGAGUGUGACUGGUUUAAUGUGUGUAUCUGGAUUAAUUAACCGGGAAGAUUUAGAGGAAGAAGGUGAUCAGGUUCAGUUGGAAGUGAUGGCCCAAGAGGAGAAACUUAAUGUUAAAGGAGAGUAUGCAACCAGCUUCACAACAGUUACAAUAAGGGUUCUAGAUGUGAAUGAUAAUAAACCUCAGUUUUAUAACUGUGAUAUCGAUGAUUGCAAUUUCAAAAAUGUCGCCCCUUCAACCAGCUUUAUGGGAGAGAUAGAGGAACAUUCGGCUGCCCGGGUCCCAGUGAGCAAUCUAACUAUUACGGCUAAUGACCCAGACAAGGAUCAGAAUGGAGUCUUCUAUUUGACCCUCAGGGGGACAUAUGCUCAUUUGUACUCGGUGUCUCCAUCACGAAUAAGAAACACAGGACAGGUGCAGGUCUUAGUCAGUGACUCGGUUGGUUUGGACUACGAGAAAAUGAAAUCAACAGAGGUGGAGAUUGUGGCCAAUGAUACUGGUAACCUGCUUGACUGUUGCUCCAUUGCUAAAGUAUCCAUCGUCAUUAGAGACAUUAACGACCACAUACCUAAAUUUGAUCACUCAACCUACCAGCUUGAGGUGUAUGAAAACUGUGCUGAUGGUUUAUCCAUUGGAAGAAUCACGGCAACAGAUGAGGAUUCUGGAGCAUUUGGCACUAUUACAUAUCAACUGUUGCCGGAAUCUAUACUGGAAAAUUUCCGCGUGGAUUCUUCUUCUGGAGAGAUCAGUGUUGUCAAUGGAAACUUGUUGGAUCGAGAACGUCGCUCUGUAUACUACGCAACAUUGCAAGCAAAAGAUGGAGGCAAUGCAACAUCUAGCACUCUGCUUGAAAUAACUAUACUUGAUGAGAACGAUGAGAUUCCAACAGCAAUCGGCACAUAUAAUAUAUUUGUAAAUGAGAAUGUUGAUGAUGUCAGUAUCCAGAUUGAGGCUGUUGAUAAUGAUGAGCCAAACACAAAUAACAGUUUCAUUGAGUUCCACCUCCUGCCAAGUGAAUACAGUGGAAACUUUACUGUUAAUCUCACAACAGGUCUUAUUACAAGUUUGACUCCUCUAGAUAGAGAAGCUAUUAAUGUGACCCAGAAUGGACGCAUUGUUCUCACGGUGGAACUCAAGGACCGUGGGAAAGAACCUCUGUCUUCUGAAGUUAAUAUCACUAUCAAUGUUGAGGAUUUGAAUGACAAUGAACCAUUAUUCAGAGAUUUCCAGUACAAUUUUUCCGUUAAUGAGAGCACACGAGGGGCAUUUGUUGGAAGCCUGCAGGCCAGUGAUCAUGAUCAGACUGAGUUAAACAAUCGAGUUAGUUUCCGUAUUUCCCAAGGUGGAUUCGGGAACUUUAUAAUCCGAGCUCAAAAAGAAGAGUUGGGUCUUUACAGAGGUGAUCUUUUUGUUGACCCGGAAGUGGAACUUGACUACGAAAGGCAGAAUAGCUAUAAUCUCACCAUCGAGGCACAGGACAAUGGGCUCAAUGGGGUCAGUCACACGGCAAGUGCCAAUGUCAGUGUCCAAGUUCUGGAUCUUAAUGAUGAGCCACCACAAGUGGACCCUUCUACUUUGAAAGAUGUAUAUCUUUCUGAGAAUGGAACAGGGACACCAGAGCUUCUCACCAUUCUGACAGCAACAGACCCUGACACUGACCAUGAGCUGGAGUUCCAGGAACUAUCGGUGGAGUGCUUUAAAAAUGGUGCUGAUGUGGGCAGUAUUUGCUACAGUUGGCUCUGGCUUGCAGAAAAUGGCAGCCUUUAUGCAAAUGACACUGGAAAUGUGGAUUAUGAGCUCUGUGAUCUGGUCACGAUGCUAUUUCGUGUAGAGGACAAAAAUACAUUCAUUGGGAACAGUUUUAGCAAUAAUGCCACUGUGCGGGUGGUGAUUGAAGAUAUUAAUGACAAUGCACCAGAAUUUUUGGCAGUUGAUGAAACUUUUGUGGUUGUGCCAGAUGCUGCCCCAUUUGACUACCAAGUAGCUCUUGUAAAGGCCACAGAUAAGGACACUGGAGUGAACGCAGAAAUACAAUUCUCAAUUACAUCUUUGGUGUUUUUUUAUUCCACUGGAGGAAGUACGUCAUUGUCUAACAUAUUUAGCAAUGUUACUUCUAGGGAGAACGAUUACUACCUUGGCAGUAUAAGGGUGGCCACUUCUCUGGAUGCGGCGUUAAAGGGUCAAUAUCAAGUAACCGUGACGGCAACAGAUCAGGGAAUUCCUUCACUUCAAACUACUCAUUUACUGAAUAUUUUCACUGUUGAUGUGUCCUAUCGGGUCAGCCUGACAUUCUCAAAGACACCAGAAGAGGUUCGUGAGGUCUCCAGUGAGAUAAUUAGCGUGUUAACUGUGGCAACAAAAGCAACUGUGUACAUGUCUGAUAUCAAAGAGGCUUCUUCAACAAAAAUCAGUUCUCGAGCUUCUACUGAUACCAUUAUGUAUCUGUACUUCGUGUACAGUAACGGCACAGCUAUAACACCUCAAGAGCUAGACGCAAUUAUCCGGAGUGAUACAUCAUCGCUAAAUCAGCUUUUACAGCUGGGACUGAAAGUUAUUGGUGGAUCUGGAGUAACCAAUGCUGACAAAAAGGAUGAAAUCUUUUACGGUGUAAUCGCUGGUUUGGCUGGCGCCAUUCUCCUCAUAGUAGUGAUAUUUAUUACAGCUUUAUGCUGCAUGAGAAAGAGCCAUAACAGAAAGCUACGUGCCAUCAAAGCUUCAAAGAUCGCAAAGACAUUACCUGGAGAGGUUGUGCAAGGUGCGGAAGUCAUACCUGGAACCAAUAUGUUUAAUUCUGAAAGAGCCAACCCUAUACUGAAUGUGGAUCUGGGCCCCAUCAUAGAUCUUGGCUUUGACGAGAACAGUUCCAUAAGUGACAGUAUCAGUGUGGAUUCUCUUUAUCACCACAUACAAAAUAAAGGUGACUCGUCCAUGCCCCAGGAAAGCCAGGAAGCAGCCAUUGCACCUGAGGUCUCAAAUGACACGCUAAAUGGGAAGGAACCUUUGGCGCUCGCUCUUACUGAUAGGAUCAACAAGGCUUAUGACAACGUAGCCCUGGACACCACAGAUUUAUAGCUGUCUGAAAUACUUUGAUUAUCCAAUCACAUUAAAUGGACCUGUUGCCUACACAGUUUUAAAACGUUUCUCCAAACACCAUGGCCAC